UGAAUCAGAAACAAGUGGAACUCUGCAGCUCAGUUGUUUCUUUCUCCUUUGUGUUUUAUAAUGCUCUGUGUUCCGGACUUUGCACUGGACAAAACUUAAUACAACCCUGUGACGUACCGCGGGCUGGAAGCAUAAUGAUUUGUUUCUUAAAUGUUAUUGCAAAACUCAACAAAUCAUUAUUGGAGCAAUAAAAGAGAAUGUCGGGAGCAGAGAUUUGUUAUCACAAAAGGUUUUCCAGGACUUAAGAAAUGCCAUUUCAGGACAGAAAUUGGUUGCUUUUCAUUGCCUGACCCACUGAAAUCACCACAACAUCCCACCUGAUUUUCUCUUCAUAUUUUCUUCACUGGUUUUUCGGCAUCUGACAGAAGAAGCAGUGUGGAGCACUUGGCAAAAAUCUACCUGGAUUUCUGUGCUACAGGGUGAGAACAUGCCUAAAGAAUGAAGAGGUUCACACGUGGCCCUGGACGGCACUCUUCUCACAAGGCUCUUUGUAUCUUGGUGGUUGCUGCUUGUCUUUUCCUCCCGGCAGAAACACGUUAUCUGCAUGGAAAAAGACUGGAUUUACUGGGAAGGACUGAUAAGUAUGUGUCUCUGAUCAACUACAGCAUCCCUCAGCUCUGUCAGUUCACUGUCUGCAUUGAUCUAAGCCGGACAGCUAAUGUCAGCUCCUGGGCAGCAUUUUCAUAUGACACUAAUGCCACCUCUGCUGAUAUAAAUGACCUAGAUCUUGGACUCUCUGGAGAAAACAAGAAGUUGAGACUGUAUUUUUUUGGCACCCUACGAGACAUUGAGAUUGAUCUGAGCCUUUUUGUGUGGUAUAGUGUGUGCUGCUUGUGGGACAGCACAAGACAACUCCUGGAGGUCUACUGCAAUGGUAAUCUUGUGCAUACUGAAAUGGUGGAAAUCGCUGAGUGCCUGAAACCGAACGGUAGCCUGGUGUUGGGUCAUCUGCACAAAAGAAAGGAUGGCUUUAUUGUUGGGGUAAGCAACAGCUUCAUCGGCAGCUUGUACUACUUCCAAAUGUGGGACCAUGUGAUGGGUCAAGAAGAGCUGCUGAACUGUGCCAUGGGCAAUAUUGUCAGAUGGAAGGAAGAGUACUGGAACUUCAGCAGCAUCCUUCCUGUUGCGGACCGUCACCUGCGCUGUGCUGGCUCAAGUGAAGCAUCUUCAACGAGGGCUCCUACGCUGUCCCCAUUACCUCCGACCAGUAGUACCAAUGGUACCAUUCCACUCAGCUUCUUUAACGUUGACAUGAACUUUUCUCUUAUCUACAAAACUGAGAGAGCUCCUGAUUACUACGAUGCAAGGAAGCUUCUUGAAAACUGGUUCAGUAUCAUAUUUACUGGAGAAGAAUUUGUUGUGACAAACUUUAAAGUCAGGGGUAAUUGUCCACAAAGGAACACCUACCAGAGGGUUCGUAUGAACGUAAAGCAGAUGUCACAAAGCUACGUUUGUAAGGCCAUUAUCAAAGCUGCAUCACUUGAAAAGCAAGAAAUUCUGACUCUCAAGAUUGAAGAGUUGUUGAACGACACUUAUGAAGAGGGACCAUUGUCCUUAUAUGUGAAACCUGAAGAUGUGGUUGUCAAGCCAAUAGCACUAAUGGAUUGUCCAGAAAGCUUUACACAGACAACUGGCAAAGGGAAUUAUUCCUGGCCACUAACAAGUCCAGCUACUAAAGUGGAGGUCAGCUGCAGGAAAAACCCUUUGCAGUCUGCUCAAAGGAGCUGUGCAAUUAAUAUUGAACUUGAGCAAGCUUUCUGGAGGAAACCAGAUAUGACUGAAUGUAAGUUACUGGAAGACCUUCCAAACAACAUUUUAGACCUCAAUGAUGUCAUGAUAACGGAAGAGAACGCACAAGAUGUUGUACAGCAUAUUUUACACCUCUUGCCAGAUGCUGCGCUGCAUAUGGAAGAAUUGGAAAUCAUUGCAAGUAAAAUUUCUGAUAUCGUAAGGCUUGCAGAUAUGAGCACGACACUUGCAGAGAAUGUGUUGUCUAUACUAAACUACAUUUUGCUGCAAGAAAUAGAAGAUCAGAACAUUAGAAAAAUGACCAAUAGUUUCCUGAAGACAACUGAAGAGAUUGGCUAUAAGGUGACUUACACAGGAAGAAAUAUGUCUGUCAUAACCAGUUCCCUGGCUUUGUUGGUGAUGCGUCCAGAUCCCAGCAUGUUUGGAGGACUGGCCUUUGGCAUUACCACCUAUGACAGAGGUGUGGAUCUCAAGAUCAACAUUCAAGAAAACCCUUUCCAAAAUGCUUUGGCCUCAGUGUUCUUGCCGACAACACUGAAGGAAUUCCUAGGGAUCCAGCACUCCGACCCAGAAAAGCAUUCGAAGAUCCAGUUUAAUUUUUUUGGGACUACUUCACUCUUUGCCGAUGACAGUUUAACAAAGAAGAGAUUGAAUACUUACGUUGUGGGUGCCAGUAUUGAAAAUGCAUCAAUUCAGAACCUAAAUGAGCCUGUGACCAUUACUCUUCAGCACAUAGACCAAAAUACGGGCAAUGCAGCAGUGCACUGUGCCUUUUGGGACUUUCAGAAGAACAAUGGACUGGGUGGUUGGAAUACAUCGGGGUGUGAAGUAGAAUAUACAGAUAUGAAUUACACAAUCUGUUUUUGUAACCAUCUUACCCAUUUUGGAGUCCUACUGGACUUGUCCCGGACAGAGAUAGAUCCCACACACGAUCGUAUAUUAACUGUGAUAAGCUAUGCAGGAUGUGGUGCUUCUUCCAUUUUUUUGAGUGUGACACUGGUGACAUACCUAGCCCUUGAAAAGCUGCGGAGAGACAACCCUUCAAAAAUCCUGCUCAAUCUUUGUGCUGCACUGCUGAUGCUGAACAUGGUCUUCCUCAUCAAUUCCUGGCUGUCCUCAUUCAACCAGCCAGGUCUCUGUAUCACUGUGGCUGUGCUCCUUCACUAUUUCCUUCUUGCAGCUUUCACAUGGAUGUGUCUGGAGUCUGUCCACUUGUACUUGGCUCUUGUCAAAGUUUUCAAUGUUUAUGUCCCCAAGUACAUCCUAAAAUGCUGUAUCGCUGGCUGGGGAAUACCAGCUAUUGUAAUUACUAUCGUGCUCAUUAUAAAUAAAGACUUCUAUGGCAAUGGAUCACUUUUGGAGAACAAUCCGCUCAGCAAUUUUUGCUGGAUUCAAGAGAACUUAGUGUUUUACACCUCUGUCGUGGCCUAUGUCUUCUUAAUAUUUUUGAUGAAUACAGCCAUGUUCAUCACUGUCCUCCUGCAAAUCCAGUCCAUGAAAUCAAGGACACAAGAGAGAUCCCGAUUCUGGAAACGGAGUUUUCUCCAAGACCUCAAAAGUGCUUUCAGCUUGAUGUUCCUUUUAGGCUUAACUUGGGGUUUUGUCUUUUUUGCCUGGGGACCAGUAAGGAUAUUCUUCUUGUACCUCUUCAGCAUUUUUAACACCUUGCAAGGGCUCUUCAUCUUCGUGUUUCAUUGCCUAAUGAAGGAAGAAGUAGUGAAGCAGUGCCGAAUACACUUUUGCUGUGGAAGAUUUCGUCUGAGUAAUUAUUCUGACUGGAGUGGGUCAAGUGCAACUUCUGGUUCUACACCAAGGCAUUCAAACCAGAAAUCACCAUCCCAGGCUUUGUGGAAUCUAAAUUGUAACAGAACAAGUUCAACUUCCAAUGGUUCAGAUUUCCCCUCCAGGACUCCUCCGGAUUUUAGGAUUGCUGAAGUUCAUUACAACCCCAGUGCUGUACCUCCAGAAGAUGGUGAGACCAAACAUCCUUUUUCACAAAGAAUACUGCCCAUGGAUACAGGGCUGCACUAUCCACAGAAAGCAAGAUUUUUUCAUUGAUAAUGGAUGUUUUCUUCUGACUGUCUAACGAUGGUUCUCUUUUGUGGCAUGCAGAAAUAAACACUGAUCUAGAUAAUUACUUCUAAUGUACAAUUAUCAUUCUGAACUCUAUUAUAGAGCUAAAACGUCCCAUGACUUAACUCUCUAGGCUUCAGUGGAGUGAAGGUACUGACCACAUAAGGAUUUGGUGUUUCCACGAUUAGCCCUCACGUGCAACAGAGACUGGAAACAUUCUCUUCCUCAUCAUUAGACCUUCUCAUAAUUUGUCCUCUUUUUUGUCCUCCUUACAUCCUUCUGCCAUCCCUCUGCUCCUUCUUCAUCUGAUACUUAUCCUCAGAAUCUAAUACUCAUCAUACUGACUUUCAAGGUUUUGAGCCUGUUGGCUGACUGUCUCAGGCGUGGAUGUCUAAGUUCCUCAGUCAGUACCUCUCCUUAAUUUUUCUGAGGUGGGCUUUGAUCAACUUAUACAUUAAGGAAUUGGAGCCAGCUUUCCAAGAUGUUCUUUUCAGUUGUAUGUUUUUAUUUUCAGAUGUGCUGACACUGCUGACUUGGACUUAGAUCUCUAAUAAGAUGUAGAUGUGUGUUUAAAUGUGAAGAAGUGUUGCCCAGUACCUUCAAAUGGAACAUGGAAACAAGAAAAAAUUAAAUCCCACCUAUUGUGGGUGCCCAUAUGUAUGACAUAGGGUUCAAAUUACCUCUCCUGCAAACAAAAAUAACCUAGAACACCAGCAGAUAAAAUUAUAGCUGCUUUGGAGGUGAUGAUUAAGAAAUUUGCCCUUUAGUAAUACUUUGCUAUGAAUACAGCAAAAGGUAAAGUCCAUUUCAUAACACCGCAAGAGACAUUUAACUUUCCUUUCCUACUAAAAAGGGGGUUUCUUUCAGCAAAUGUUUGAAUUGGUAACUUGCCUGCUCAACCGAAUCCUAGUUUCAGUUUUGAAUGCCAUUCUCUGUAUCAUUCAAGCAAAGAUUUUUUGAUGAUUGUUAAUACAGUAAGAUACUAACCUGUACUGAUGACAGGGAAGUAAAAAAAUGUAAUAGUGCUGUCUUACAGCUGGUGUGUACAAUAGCAAAUACAAAAGGUUCUUUCAUUCUGUGAAUAACUCCCACACAGCAAUUAAAGGGAAAAGAUGAAUAUUCCAACGUACAGUAGCUACAGCCAGCCUACUUGAAAUUAGACAGAUCACCUUCAGUGCCUUGGCUUUCUGGGAGAAACGUUAGCAUGGAAAACAUACAAACAAGUUCCACCUCAUACCUACUUCUUUCUAACUUGAAACUGCUUUCAAUGAGAAAGAAACGUAAUACAAAAUACAGUGCAGUAUGUCAGACAUUCAAACUAUCAUUUUCUGCUUGUAUUCUUUAUUUUCAUUAGUAACCUCUUUGUCCUACAAUCUGCUGCUGAAUACAAGUUUUCCCUGCUCUGCAGUGAGAAACAGGACACACUGUGCUGUGGUGCUGGGAGGUAAAGCUGUGCCUGACUCUCCCUGCCCCCCCUAACCUGGCUGUUGGACACCCAGAUGUCCUGGGAGAGGAAGGAAGGAAGCUGAGGAGGAACUGGGGGUUUAGUCCUCCCCCGAGUCCCUUUUACAUCAGUUUGUCUCUGCCAUGACAUCAGUAAGUCUAGGUGGAUGGACAGCGACCCUGUUUCCUUGUUGACCAUCUUGCUUUGAUGCUCACCAUCCUCCUUUGUGCAGUAAUUCUUUCUGCAUACACUCUGUAGGACAGAAGGUAAUAGUCCUAGAUUUAGACUAGACAGUAGGUAUCAAUUUCUAAUUUUAAGGAAGAUGGAAUUGCCAUCAUUGCAGGUCUUAAAAAACCCUCACGGGGAUAAGACAAAUAUCUGCCAGAAUUGGUGUAAGUUGAAUUUACCAUAGUGCAAAGGAUGGACUGGAAAAUGUGGUGAAAGUCCUCCCAACUCUAUUUUCUACUACUGUAAUUUAAAAUAAAAAGGCAGUGAAAAAGAAUCAAUAUGAGAGCAACAGGUGACUGGCGUUGUCUCCAUAGAGUAGACCUUAACUGUUUUGUCACAUUCCUGAUAAAAGAUGAAAUGUACCUUGAUUUUCUAAAGUUUUUGUUAAAUGCCCUCAUAACAUUUUAAAAUUCUUAAAAGCAACAAAGGUUUUCAUAAAAGCUGGACAAGUAGCAAGAAAAGUGCUGGAAUACUUAAGACUUCUCAGGUUGCCAGGAAAUUGCUGGAAAUGUCAACGUGUUUCCUGCUUUGGAGGUGAAAUGGCAGAAGAGCAAGCUGCACCGUGCAGAGUGAUGUCAGAUUUCCAUUCUUUCGUUUCUUUUUCUAUUCCAAAAGCAAAAACUGGAAGUAAAUUUUUAAAAACCUGUCAACUUGCUUAUGUAGAAUGCGAAGUGCUAUUUGUUCUAGGAAGGCGGUUAGCUCACUUCCACUCUCCAUCAUAUGUCUAAUGGCUUUUCCAGCUAACCGGUGUAUCAUUUAUGUUUCAAGCGUGGCAUUGUUUAGGUUGUCAGCCAGAAUGAAGAUACGUAAUUUUCUUUGGGCUGAAACAAUAUCUUCCGCACCAGCACCACUUCAUUUGCUCCUCUCCGACAUAUCUGCGCUAGCAAUCUGUCACGGCAUCGUGGAUUGAUGGUUUUCACAGGGAGAGGACAUGCACAAAGACAAAUCUAAUAAAAAAUUACUAUGCGCUUGUGAUUCACAUCCUAAUAAUUUUAAGUGAUGGGAACAGCUUCGGCAGCUCUGGCUUGCAUGUGACCUGACAGGUAGAGGUGCGUUACUGAUACAAACGCACCCUCCUCCCUGCAGUUUUGAUUGUAUCAGUUGACUCUGCUUGCUCUCUGAGAAAGCAGCAAUCUAAAAUCUAAAAGCUCCUCUAAGUCAUUCUUAUUUACUCCUAGAUUACUUAUUUUUAGUGAUACCUACACCAGGAAAUGUGUGUUCUAAUUUAGACCAACGAAAGAAGAAUUUCUGUAAGUAUAUUUAUCUAUGAAGACAAUUAUUUGAUGUCAGAUCUCAGUGGGUUGUUAACAAUAGAUUAGACAAUGCAAAAGAAAUAACAAGUGAUAGUAAAAUCACCGCAGCAGCUGCGGUGACUCAAGCAAAACCCUCCUCACUCCCAUGCUGCUAUUUAGACUGGCACUAACCUCAACCACCCUUCGUACCAAGUAAGCCUGUGGAUGCACAUCCAAGGUCUAAGCAGCUCACCCAACAGUCCCUGGAGAGUUUUACCAUCUCCACGCACACAAGCAGCUAAAGCUGCCUUCUAGCUCAAUGAAUACACAGCUCUUUGAUUGCCAUGUGAUAGAUCAGAGAAUGACAGUUAAAGGUCAGGGCAGCUUGUUAAAGUUUUUUUCUGACAGCUGAUGAGCCUACAGUACUGGCUAGCAAUACAGGUUAGCAAUACCUACGCCCAAGAUGUAUAAUUCAUUCUAAAUUUAGCAGGCAGUUAUUAUUGGGACAACGAAAGAAAUGUCAUCGUGGGAAAUGAUUUGAGAUUAAAAAUCAAAAUACUGGCAAGAUAAUUACCUGUUGCGUAAGAUGAUUGUUAAGCCUUAAUGCACAGUACUCUGUGGUUUUAGGUAUCAGAAAGUAUUUAGCAUGUAAUGGCACUCUAAUGGUUCUAAAUUAUAUGCAUCAUUGAGAGUUUCAAGGGUGCCCAAAGGAAUUGUUCUUGCUAUAUUACUUCAUUGCCUGAUUGUUCCAGUAAUGGAAGAAAUUCAAGGAUACAUUCUAGUGUUUAUUUUUCUCUCUUUUCUGAGAAAUAACACUGGUAUUUCACUGGCCAUUCCCACAGUGAAACCGACUGAGGAAACUCUUGGAAAAGGAAAUUGGAAGGGAUGCAAGAAUUGCAAAACAGGAUAAAUGGUAUCUGGAGCCAUUGAUUAAUGACGGCAUUAGAGAUCCUAUGGCAGGCAGACUUAAGUCCACUGGAUAGUCUGGAUUUAGACAUUGUAACCAAAUCAGAAGCUAUUUUCUUUAAGAAAGAAGAUCUCCCUUUUGCUGCUGUAUUACUGAACGCUGCUCCUGACAGCUCAUGCGAACUGCCCUUCGUAACACUGAGGGCUGGGAUGGCGUUUGUUUUGCCCUAGACCUAGCAGUAAGUCUUGUGGUAUUUGAAAGUGCUCUUCUUUAGUUCCAGAAAAACAGGGACACAGUUCCAACCAAAUAUUACUGCAGGAUUUGAUGCCCUGAGUUUCAACGCCUGCACAGCUCCCUCUGCCCUUGGUGUAGAAUCAACUCCACAGAGGUAUUAGGGAAAAAGCCCAGUAGUAAACCAAUGUAUUUUCUCCUAAAUGAGUAGUGUUUGACAACAAAUGAUGGCACUGCUGCGAAUGUGGCACAGCCUGUGAAAUUGGUGUUAAAGCAUCCUUUUAAUAGCUCAGUAGUUGUUUUGUCUCCAGCUGCUGAGGACACUGAGCGAUGGUAAAAAUAUCAAAAUACACAAUAGAGAAGAUGUUCCCACUUAGUGGUGUAAAACAUCAGAUUGACAGACACUGAAACCAAGCUCUUAUGUUCACAAGUGAAGAAAUCCAUCACAGGCAGUGCCUUACGCAAUCUGUCUCCCCAUUGCCUGGCACUUGUACCUCUGAAACGGGUGUCUGGCAAGGUGGGGAGGUGAUGUUCUCUCUGUUUAGGGAUGGACUCAGGUUUAGCACAGCAAUCACUCGUUCUGGUUCUUGUAGAAGGACAGAGCAGAACUGGAAACAGCCCUGAUGUGUUAGUAAUUUGCUCUAAAAGUGGACCACUGUCUCUGACACCAACGCUUACUCUGGGUGUGCAAUCAGGCUUUCCCAUCUAAUAUUUGCCUGUCGGAAUGCUAGAAAAGGGACUGGGAAUAGUGACACAAGUCAUACAGCCCCUCAAAUGACUGUUUGAUAAAAGCUUCGUUCUUACUAUUGAUGUGAGCUACAGCACUCUUUAUCCCCUCAUCUUGCCAUUAUUUGUCCUGCUGAUGGCAAUUUCUAUUUAAAGAGAAGAUACUGAAGCUGUAAUACAGAUGCAAGUCAGAAACGAGACAAUUACAUGCAUCUACCCCAAGAAUGCUGUCUCCAGAGUAGGGAAUCCUCCCAACACAAAGGUGGCAAAGCCAGUUCAGAAAACACUGUGAAGAAAAUUAUAUUUCAGGUAACAUAAUUCUAGUUAGAACUGCAGAGCCUAGCUUAUAAGCUGGAAUUGUUCACGGACUCCGGGUGGGGACUUCUUGACAGAGGGGCAAAAACCCUUCCUUCAUCUUUAUGUCAAAAGAAGGUGACCUAAAAGGAAAGCUAGAACUUGCUGGAACAGAAAGAUUUACAUUUAUUUGGGUAGACUGCUAGACUUCACUCCAGGUAGGAGCAAGAGGAAUGUGCCUGUGGUGACCCAGCAGCAGCGUCCUGCUCUGUGCUGGACAGCCUGAGAAUGUGAACAGCAAUCCGGUUCGUCUGUAGACGAGAACUUGACCUGAGAAAAGCCUUUUGUAAGAGAGGAUGCCACAACAGAGUCUACCAAAAUUGAAGACUAAGAUAGACAAGCUGUUCGGUCUCUCUCUGCCGUUAAUACUUGAAGAACAUAAACGUCAAUUCACUCAGCAGAGAGACGGAAAAGAUACACCAGCCAGAAACAACCAGAUGGCAAAAUUGCUAUGAGAGACAAUUAAAGCAAGGGUUGAAAAUGAGUUUGUGAUGUAAAAGAAGAAUUAAGACAACUAAAUAGAUCUAUGCAGAAAUUAUACAAAUAAAGACCUAAGAAAGCAAGUUGAAAUAAUCCUAAAAAAAACCCCAUGCUGUCUAACAUAGCCGUAGUUCACUGCUUAUCAGUUUCCUACCACUCCAGCCACAU